AUGGGAUCAAGCCCAUCGAAAAAGGGCUCCAGUAUUGAUAAAGUCGAGGAUAUUUCAAAGGUAGGUGUUUAGGAGUACUGUAUGCGCCUUUAAAAAUCGCGUCGGGACCCAAAACGAUUUCUGAAAAUGACAAAAAGUAGAAAAUUUGUUCCUUGUAUUUCUACAGUAGUAAAAUGCUUGGAGGAAAAUGAAAUUACUGUAUGUCCCUUUAAAAAUCGCGGCGGGACCCAAAUUCAACGAUUACUGUAUGACAAAAAUAAAGGAACAUGUACAAUUACUGUAUGUCCCUUUAAAAAUCAUUGAAAUCUUCAAAAUCAACAGGAUUACUGUAUGCCCCUUUGAAAAUCGCGGCGGGACCCAAAAAUUUCUGAAAAUGACAAAAAGGUGUGCACCUUGUAUUUCUACAGUAGGAAAAUCCUCGGAGGAAAAUGGGAUUACUGUAUGCUCCUUUGAAAAUCGCUUCAGGACCCAAAUUCAACGAUUACUGUAUGACAAAAACUAGAAAAUGUGUUCCUUUAAUAUUUCUACAGUAGGAAAAUCCUUCGAGGGAGAUGAGAUUACUGUAUGCUCCUUUAAAAAUCGCGUCGGGACCCAAAUUCAACGAUUACUGUAUGACAAAAAUAGAAAACGUGUUCCUUUAAUAUUUCUACAGUAGGAAACAUUUUAAAGGAACAUGUACAAUUACUCUAUGUCCCUUUAAAAAUCGCGUCAGGACCCAAAGUUAAACGAUUACUGUAUGACAAAAACUAGAAAAUGUGUUCCUUUAAUAUUUCUACAGUAGGAAAAUCCUUAGAGAAAAAUGAGAUUACUAUAUGUCCCUUUGAAAAUCGCGUCGGGACCCAAAUUCCACGAUUACUGUAUGAGAAAAAUAAAGGAACAUGUACAAUUACUGUGUGUCCCUUUAAAAAUCAUUAGGAAAAUCUUCAGGAAAUCAACAGGAUUACUGUAUGUCCCUUGAAAAAUCGCGUCAGGACCCAAAUUCAACGAUUACUGUAUGAUAAAAAUUAGAAAAUGUGUUCCUUUAAUAUUUCUACAGUAGGAAAAUCCUUGGAGGAAAAUGAGAGUACUGUAUGAGACAAUUAAAGGGACAUACUGUAAGCGCCUUCACAUGCAUUCUAAAGGAACAUGUAGAAUUACUGUAUGUGCCUCCAAAAAAUCAACAGGAUUACUGUAUGUCCCUUUAAAAUCUUCCCCAAAUUUCUAGGAUUCCGACAAGCCGCCUGCCGAAAAAUGGGCAGAACGCAAAGAUCCUCCAGGCAUCGACGAAAUCCCCAAAAAACCAUCCACCAAAAAGCCAAGCACUGGAAAACACAGUGCAAAAGUUGCGCCAAAAGCCCCCGGCUCCAAAAUCCGGCUCACCGAAGGUGUGGUUCAAGACUACAUCAACUUGGAAAAAUCGAUAAAUCGAUUGGAGCGUAAAAAUGUGCUGAAGAAGUACGAGUCGCAGACGAUUUAUGCGGAUAAUUUGAAGAAUACUGUAGAGCAAUUGGAGGCGGUGCUCAAAGAGCUCCGAAAGCAAACAGAUCGUGAAAAAUCGGAUUUGAGGAACAUCGAACAGCCGUCGGUGAAGGAUUUUUUGAAGCAACAAGGACAAUGGGAUGAUCGAUAUGUGAAGGAGAAAAAAGAGUAUGAGGAGGCUUGUGGUAGACAGGAGACUGUGCAGAAGGAGCUCAACAUUGCUCGAGUGAAUUACGAUAACUCGGUGAAAAUUCAAGAGAUCUACAAGCAACAAACCGACAAUCUUAAUGCACUUUAUGAUGAGCAAGACAAAAUGUUGGAGGGGAUUUUUGGCACCGAAUAUGCGUCGGAGAAGGAAAAUGUUCUAGAGGGAGAGGUACGGGGUGGGGAAUUUUGAAAAAUUCUGAAUUUUAACCUGAAUUUAAUUCUAGGUCGAUUAUUUUCUGAAAUCCUAACUGAAAUUCAAAAAAUUUCAAAAUUUCCCAAGCAUGAAAAAAUACGUUUCAAAAAAAUGUGAAAUUUUUUCGAAUUUUUCAAAAAUUCGCUUUUAGCACGACUAUCAAUGGCCAAAAUGCAGAAAAUUUUUUGAAUUUUGGCAAUUGAUAGUAAUGCUAAAAGCGAAAUUUGAAAAAUGCGAAAAAAUUUCACAUUUUUUUGAAACGUAUUUUUUCGGGUCCCCAGAUUUUUUUUUGAAAUUUAAUUCUAGGUUGAUUAAUUUUUGAAGUCCUGACUGAAAUUCAAAAAAUUUCCCAAACAUGAAAAAAUACGUUUCAAAAAAAUGUGAAAUUUUUUCGAAUUUUUCAAAAAAUUCGCUACUUUAUUUGGCUUGUGCUUUCCAAAAAUUCAGAAAAUUUAAAUUUCAGACUAGAAUCAGCUGAAAUUUCUGAAUUUUAACCUGAAUUUAAUUCUAGGUUGAUUAUUUUCUGAAAUCCUAACUGAAAUUCAGAAAAUUUCAAAAUUUCCCAAACAUGAAAAAAUACGUUUCAAGAAAAUGUGAAAUUUUUUUCGAAUUUUUCAAAUUUCGCUACUCUUUUUCCUGGUGAUGGCCAAAAUUUUCGUAAAUUCUGAAUUUCAACCUGAAUUUAAUUCUAGGUCGAUGAUAUGGUUGAUUGGCAACAACGAGUUUCAUUGGCCAUGUUUAAAUGGGCAAAUGGGCGGGUUUUAUUGGUGCAUGCUUUGACUCAAAUGACUUUUGGGAUAAAUCGAUGGCAGGAUAUUCAGAAGAUCGAGAAGGAGUGAGUUAGGGUAACUUAUUUUGCCACUUGUAAAAAAAUUCUUACAGCAAUCAACGUGGCCGAUAUUUCGCGGCGGCCGAAGCUCGCAACAACUUCGUAGCCGCCGCUCAAAACGUACAAUCGUGUCGAAUGUACCUGAACAAGGUCGAUUUCCCGUACGGCACUGAAAAAGAGAUCGCAUUACUCGAAGAUACGGUAAGUUCGGCGUUUCGCAACGUGGAAAACGACGGGGAAUGCAAGAAAGCGCUGAAAAUCUACCAAGAUACUCAACAAAAAAUCGCGAGUUUGAUACAGUGGUUUGAUAAAGUGAUAAAUGAGACGAUUCGAAAGGAUUUGGAUCAGGCGAAUAAUGAAUUGAUCAAAAAACAGAAGGCAUUGAGAGAGGAGAGAUUGGUUUUGAUGAAAAAGUUGGCGAAACAGCGAGUUGAAUUAUGAGAUAAAUAUAAAUUAUGAUGAUGAACCAGAUGAUGAUGAAUUAGAAAAGGAAUUGAAAAUGUUGGAGAAACAGGCGUUGGAAGAUGUGGAGAAGUUGAAAUCGGUUAAAGGUCAGAAAAUUUCGGAUAUUUAUCGAUUUGCCCGCUGCCGUCCUUUUAGAUUACAGUAGUAGAUAACUUGAGGCUACAGUACUUUGAAGGAACAUACACUCGCUUCGCUCGAACCGCUUACGCGGAAUUUUGAUCUAUACUCGCGCUAAAAGCGCUCGGGAUACUGUAUGUUCCUUGAAAUGGUCUACAAUGGUCUACCGAGCGCUUUUAGCGCGAGUGUAGAUCAAAUUUCCGCGCAAGUGGUUCGAGUGUAUGUCCCUUUAGAUUACAGUAGUAGACUCAAGGUACUGUAGAUCACCUAAAAUCCAUACACUACUACAGUCUUGUUAAAAAGUAAUGUAAAUCAUUUAAGAUGAGGCAAAUUACAGUUUCCUAUAGCUACAGUAGUUUAAAGGGACAUACACUCGCUCCGCUCGAAUUCAGGAACGAUAAAAAAAUGUUUUUUUAACAUUUUCCAAAAUCUCAAUUCACGAAAAGUCAAAAAAUGCCAAAAAACAUUAGUUUUUCAGCCAAAAAUGAUGAAAAAUCGAUAUUUUUUAAGCUUCUGGUGUGAUUUCUGAUGAAAAUUGACCUUCAGAAGGUUUUGCUGAUUUUUCGUAAAAUAAAAAAAUUUUUAAAUUUUGAUGAAUUUCGAAAAAAUUCAUAAAAUGAGGUAAAAUAGGGUUCUCGAAGCUUAUUUUCAUCAGAAAUUACUCCAGAAGCUUGAAAAAUAUCGAUUUGUCAUCAUUUUUGGCUGAAAAACUUGACAAAACUAAUGUUUUUUCGACAUUUUUUGACUUAAAGAACAUUUUUAAACGAUUUUUUUCGUUCGUGAAUCAGCCCUACACAAAAAUUUCAAAAAAUAUAGUUUUUGGACAUUUGCUAAAUCGAAAUUUUUUGUAAAAAAAUGUUUUUUUUUACCCCAUAAGCUUUAAAAUUGAAAUUUCACGAGCAAAAAACAUCAAGUUUUUUGACAAAAAAUUCAAUGAUAUAGUCGAUGUUUUAAAAUAAGGUGAACGAAUGCCAAAAAAAACAUUAUUCCGUCAGACGCGUGCGGCUAUGCGUCGCGGUCGGCCGGGAAACAAUCAAUAAUUCAGUUUUGGGAAAUUCUGAAGUGUCAGUCCAGCAAAAUUCGUAAUUUUCAGCUAGAAAACUUCCAGAAUUUUCCAAUUUUCACCCGAAAAUUCUCCAAUUUUCUAGGCAUGAAUCUAAUCGACGGCAACAAUCAAGUUCAAAACGUCAUCCCAUUGAGUAAACUGGCUCCGCUUCCCUCGAAAGACGCGCUUUUCGGCGAUGUCAAACAGAAGUUGGACGAGUACGAUGAGACGCGAAAACAAUUCGAGAGGCGGAAUAAUAUGCAGAGGGAGAAGCAGGCGAUGGCAUUGCAGGAGAAGUUGAAAUUGCGACAGCAGAAGGGGCGAAGGAAUCGGAAGGAGAGGAGGGAUUCGAUUGGAGCUGGAGCAUAA